UAUAGGAGUGCAGAAAUCCUCACGAGAUUGAGAAAUAAUCAGGGGAGUUAGUUGUUUCUCCUUUUGGAGUUUUAAUACGUUGUCUUCAUUUUCAAAUUGACCAAGUGGCCAAAAAACUGGAUUUUGGGGACGAUUUGCUUGGCAGAUAGCCAGAAGACUAUGGGUUGCUGUUACAGCAGCGAGACAGAAUCUGCGGAGCAGGACGGAGAUGAACGGAAGCCGCUGAUCCCUCAUCCUAACCCAGACAGCAAGCCGACCAAUGGCCUGCCCCCAAACGCUGCCAGCCAGCCAACCACACGCACAGAUGAGCAGGCCUUGUUAACGUCCAUAGUCACGAACACAGCACUGAACAUUAUAGAUGUGUCGGCAGCAGAUUCACAGGGUAUGGAACAACAUGAAUACAUGGACCGGGCCAGACAGUACAGUACUAAAUUGGCAGUGCUGAGCAGUACCGUGUGUCAGAAGAAACCUCCUCUUCUCCCCUCACUCACCACUCAACCUCACCAAGUGCUCGCCAGCGACCUGGUCCCCUACACUGAUGUACAACAGGUCUCUAAGAUUGCUGCGUAUGCGUGCAGUGCAAUCUCUCAGAUCAAAGUGGAUGCCAAGGAAGAAUUAGUGGUGCAGUUUGCUAUUCCAUGAUGUGUCAGUAGAAGCCUGUGUUCUCACGCUCUCUCUCCCUCUCUCUCUCUCUCUCUCUCCCCCUCUCUCUCUCUCUCUCUCUCAUUAUAAUUUCCUGCUCUGUGUCCAGCCCUCUCUCACAGUAAGACCUGUACCGUUAGUUUAAUCAGCAGAGUUACUGACCCUAAAGAGAGCCCUCUGUCCCAGUGUCCCUCCCCAGCGAUGGCCCUCAGGCAGCUGCAGCCAUGACCCUGAUGGCCACAGUGAGGCUUUCUGAAGGAAAUCAGGUCUAUACAAAGACUGCAGCCCUCAGUUUGUCAAAAUAACAUGUUUGCUGGAUUUUUGGUAAUAAAAUGGUUGUUUACCAAUACAGAAUUGUGUAACCUAUGUCUUUAGGAUGAGAAGGGGGGGGGGGGGGUAGAAGGAUGGAUGGAAGGAUGGAUGGAUGAAAUCAUUGAGGGGAUGUAGGAUUUUCAUCCAGGGUAAUGGGCUUGACAAGAUCUAUUGUCUUUUCCUCAGUCUGUGGAGCUGGUGCUGGUCUCUGGCCCUGUCAUACUGGUCUGCACACCCACACACAAAAAGCUUUUCUUUUUCACUCCAGAGUCUUUUCUCUGUCCUUUCGAGCCCGGCUGGGACAAAACAUCUGUAAACAGAGAGUUAGUGUAGGAAUGACAGUGUGGAGAAAUGAAUGGGCCGUGUGCUGUGCUGCCUGUGUACUGGGUUGUGUACUGGGUUGUGUACUGGUUUGGGUUUCACUGGCGCUCGGCCACUGUGGGCAGAGCCUUCAGUGGAGUCAUUAACUGCUAAUACUGAAUCCCCUUCUCAAUAAUCUGAAUUUUGGGGUGGGGGGAGUCUUGUGUCCUCUAUGCGUCUAAACACGGAGUACACAGAUCACCUGAUGUUAAGAGGAACCAGAACUGACCGGUGCUGAGAACUACCCUCUUGGUCCAGUGGUUCUGGCAGCGUAGUAAAAAUGCAGGCAACACUCGCGCGCUCUCUCUCUCUCUCUCUCUCUCUCUCUCUCUCUCUCUCUCUCUCUCUCUCUCUCUCUCUUUCUGACUAAAGAGUUCUUCCAGUGUCUUCAGCAGUGAAAACGGGAGCGCAGUUUUUCUCACCCUUUCUAACUUUUACUCAGACGAGCUGAGAGAGGAGAUGAGUGUUUGUGGCAUCUUGGCUGGAGCAGUGAUGUUCAUACCUGUCUGUCUGGGAGCUUUUCAAAUAAUCACCAGGAGUUCAAAUGCCAUUGUAAUUAUUUAUUUCUUUUAAUGUGUUUUAGCUUUGAUCACCCUUCCAUUCGAAUCUCUUUUGUCAUAAUUAAGCGUAAAACAGCAGUUGCGGAUUGAAGCCGUGGGCUUUUUUUAUAAAGGGAUCUGCACUUUGAGCAUUUUAUUAUCAUUUAGCUUUUUGCUUUCUUGCAGUUUGCUAAUUGUGUUGUUUGUUUUGUUACCUAAAUGUGUACUACUAUCUGAAUGACCUGGUUCAUCUCUUAGGCUAGAACCAAAAAUUUAAAGGAAAUAUUCUGUUAAUACCUUUUUUGCUGUUGAA